UGUUUUAGGAAUACGAGACGUUACUGUGCUUGUGGCAGCUUUGGACAAGUUCUGUCGUCUGUUCUUUGUCGUCUGCACAAGCGGUAUAUUGAUUGUAAACAUUGAUGCUCACCGAAACUAGAAGCUACAGCUGCUGCUGAUAAAAAUGAAGUUGUUUUUGUAUUUUUGUAUUGCAUUAGCUGUAUGUACCGUCCCACCAACUUUGUCGUAUGGUGUUAAUGGCGGAAUUGAGUGUGCUGCAUGUACCAUUGCAUCUGGCAUUCUUGGUCAGGUGGCUGAGAUUCAUAGCUCAGAUAUUCUCAAUAUCACUUUGCACAUCUGUGACCACCUCUGGCCAUCGACUGAAAAUGCUUGUAAAAAAGCAUUACAAACAUUAGAGCCGCUUCUGUUUUUGCUGAUUGAAUUGCAAGGAAAAGUAACACCGGACUCCUUUUGCUAUGGGAUCAACCUUUGUCACCAGGAUCCAGGAGAAAAAGUCUGCCAUUUAUAUCCAUCGCCCUCUAAUAACUUAUUACAAAGUGAUGUUGAACAUGUUAGGACUAGAGUAAAGCCUAUCAUGGAGAAGUGGUAUGGUGCUGGUCACAAUAUGGAUAGAAACAUUUGUGAACUGCCAGGUGUAAGGGACCUAUGUUCAUAUUUAUCAACAGUAUGGGAAAACAUGGAGCCAGCUUUUGAUUUUGAUGGAGAUAAAUUCAGUUCGUCAGAGAAAUGGAGAGGAUCACACUGGCGAGGAAGAGAUUGUUUUGAUGUGAACUCAAAAAUAUAUCCUGGUCGCAGACCACACUACGCUGAUGUUAACUUUGAUACCAACUGUAAUGGGAUUUGGGGUCUAGAUAAAGAGGCUGGUAUUCCAUGGGAAACUAAGUUUUGUGCAGCCAGUAAAUCUCGUGGGAUUGUUAUGUUUGGUGACUCAGUUGGUGCUCAUUUUCAUUUCCCUGCUGCUUGGUUUAAUCCAAAUCUGAUAUCAAAGGAUAUAUCUUUAAGAAAUUUAACUGGAGUAUUAUUAGAUGAGUUUGACUGGCCACAGUACAGUUUUGCAACUGGUUUCAAAAACAUAACAGAUCCAGAGCUUAUUCAAGGAGAUGUCGAUUCUAUUUAUUUACGUAUGCGGAAAAGGAAUUUGUGUAACCACAGAGAUUAUCAAAAUGUGUGCCGUAAUGGAGCCACUAGUUUUGACCUUGUGAAAAAUGUAAAGAAUAUAGCAAGAUCUCUAGAAGAUAAGCCAGUUACUGUCCUGCUUGGAGUAUUUGGAAAUGAUGUUUGCAACAGAUUUCCAGAUACCUUGAGAAACAUGACCACUACUAAACAGUUUUAUAAGAAUAUAGUUCAAGUUAUUCAGACUUUGGAGAAAACACUUCCAGCUAACAGUCACAUUGUUCUUAUUGGUUUAGUAAACGGCACUUUUAUUUAUGAUACCCUAGCUGAACGUUUGCAUCCUCUUGGAGAGUAUCAUGGAAAUGUGAAGUAUAAGGAUGUCUUCAAUUGGUUUGAGUGUAUGAAAAUUAGUCCUUGCAAUGGCUGGCUUAGUGAUAACAAGACAAUUAGAGAUGAAACCACAAAGCGUGCUGUCGAAUUGAGCCAUGUGAUGAAGUACAUAGCUACAAGUUAUGUAUCAAAAACUGUUUCUUUAAGCUAUGUACAAAAUCCUCUGACUCAAGUGAUAAACUCCUGGACAAAAAAAGGUGGUGAAGUAUGGCAACUUUUUGAACCCAUUGAUGGUUUUCACCCUAACCAGAUUGCUCAACCCAUUAUAACAGACAUUCUUUGGAAAAAUCUUAAGUCAAUUGCACCAGAAUCCAUUGGACCAAUCAACCCUUUCAACACUGAAAUUUUCAAUAUGUUUGGUGACCAGGGAGGUCACUAAUAUUUCUUCAAAUUUUAAUAUAUUUCCCAAUCGACUAUUCUAGCUAGAGCAGAACAAGACAAAGAAUCAAAAAGUUCAGGAAACAGUUCCCAUAAACAGAUCCAAUGUCAAACUUUUCUUUAAGUCAAAAGUGUUAGAGAAGCUACAUGCCACAAAUUUGAUACAAUAUUAUCUAGAGGCUCUCUUUAAAAACUGUUUGCCGUAAUUUAUGAUUCUAUUUUCUUCUUCUUUGACUCUUGCUAGAAUAGUAAAACCUACAACAAAAACUCCAUUUCCCACCUCCUGUACAUUGUAAAUGGGAAAUUAUCAAUAAAUUGGAAUAAAAUUAAGAA